UGGAGAGGUUGUGUGUGAAGCAGUGCAGCAUAGUCUCGUACGAGUGAAGUGCUUCAUGCUGUUUCUUUGACCGAGACUAAUUUUGUCUCCAUUUUUAUUCUUCAUUAAAUUUCUAGGCAUUUCGUUUAUUUUUAUGAUUCGAUGGAUUGUAUUUAUCGAAUGAAAAAAAGCACCAAAACUAAUGACGUCAAAGCACAUGUUUCUUUCGACGCGUGGAGUUUCCCCGCUUGUUGCAGCUACUUUUUUUCGAACCACUUGAGGAUUCUCGGCAAAAUGUCCCCUAAAAAAUAAUUAAUUCUGUUUUAGGAAGAAAUUGACUGUUGAAAACCUUUCUGCGGUUUUUUGUAGUUUGUAACUGACAGAUAGGUUGCUUAUUUUCAAAAGUUAUUUGUCGCCUGUGCCAAUAAGCGGUACAUUUAAUAGUGCGGUAGUCAUCGUGUGCACGGCUACUUUAAUAGUGAGGUGGUCGUGUUUAAUAGUGAUGUAGUCGUCAACGGCAUUCAAGGUUAUACACCGCAAUUUUCAUCUGAUAUUUGGAAUAUUUCUGCUAAUCAAAGCUUUUCUGCUGACGCUAAAAAUUUAACUGGAGGAGUGAGGACUGGUCGUCUCUGCCCUGAAUUGUACAUUGUCAAUGUCAUAUCAGUCACCAAUUGUGUAACACGAGGAAGGAUAUAUCCAAAGAAAGAACUCUUUGUUUUGCCAGUACAUCCGCCCCUGCUCUUCUCCUGAUAAGAGUUAUUGUGUUCUCACCUGUGCUCCGCACGCCCCAUUUACACUGAAGACGGGAUCGAAUCGAUUGCGAGCCUGCGCAGUUUAGUUAAACUAAGCCAUGUGUUUUGUAACUAGUGCUAUGGCAAUGUAUUCAUAGAUGUGCAUUUGAGUACAGCAAUUAUUAGGAGACAAAUUUUAAGAUAACCUUUGCUUUACUAACGAAUACAUUGGUCAUGGAUGCCUAAAGUCCUAAACUACAUGGAGCUUACCUGGCGAUAUUAGGCAAGCAAUGUUCCUUGAAUGAACUGAAGUGUGCCACCCAAUGCCAUGUAAAAACGAAAUAGGUAAUUAAAAUGACGCUAUUGGCGCAGUACACACCAACGUCGCUAGUAGCGUCGAAUAUGUUAUUUUAUAUCUGGCAAAUACGUAUUGAUAAUAUAUCUACUGUAUUAAGCAAUCUCCGAAGUAUUAAACCUCGUUGGGACCUCCUUUAUUCAUGUCGAUAUCAGUUCGAUGCUUGCGACUUGAACUAAACUCAUGGGGUGUUCAGUCUGUGAUGUUCAAGAAGUUUUAGCAUGAAAUUUACGCAAUCUUCAUUUAAUUUUGAUAGUUUCUUUGUUUAGUUUAUUAUUUGUUUUUGUGUCGCUUAUAGGGGAAAUCUAAGUCUAAACGGGAUUUAGCUGUUGACAGCCAUGCAUCGAACUAUGCUGUUAAAUUCCUAAAUCUUAAUCAAGAAAGUUCGUUCAUGUUAUUCCAUUUUUGUAAUUUUAACCAUGUGCAGCACCGAAGUUGCAAGACGAUCAAAUCUCUUUUUUGUCAUUCAUCAAAUUCUUUCGCUUGUUGGUCUUAGAUGUGCGUAGUACGUCGGAUGAAGUAAUAUUGAAGUUCAUUUUAGUUUUCAAACGUUAAAAGAAGCAAAUAUUAAUGCGUCACAUAAUGUGUGUCUAUCAUUGAAUGCCAUUUGCCUACUUCACGUGCAUAUUAUUUCGAACAUCGUAUUUUCUCGAAGUUUGAUUAUUUUUCACUUUAAGUUUAUAAUUGGCGUUAGAUUUCUUAUACAUCGCAGUGUCAGGCAUUCGACAUUUUGGAGAUCCCAAGAUUUUAACCUUAUCUUAACGUGAGUGAAUAUAACUACUUCAGACGAGACCCGUAGAACAUUAGACGAUAUAUCUAAUUUCAUACUUUUUAUAAUACUCGUAUUAAUAUAUAAUUACAUAGUACCCUAAUUUAGUACUCUCACGAUAAAUUUCAUCAUAUUUCGUUAUGAAAACAUUGCCGGAGGAGAAAAUGUUUCCAUUAGCCUCCAGUUUUCCUUGCCCAACACCUCCUCUGGCUGCGCCCUACGAAGACCCCACGCUGCUGGACGCAGUGUUCAGAAGCGCGGGGCGGCGUACGGUUAUCGUCGUCAGCCUCGACGCUGUGAAGCAUAACAUUGCAGCACUCAAGGCACUCGUGUCACCGACUACUGAAGUGAUGGCGGUGGUGAAGGGAGGUGCGUACGGCAGUGGGGUGAUGGGGGUGGUGGGUGCCGUACUCGAGGCGGGAGCCACGGAGCUCGCGGUCGCCACCGUCAGCGAGGGCGUCUUCCUCCGCACGCAGGGCGUCGCUGUGCCCAUUGCAGUUCUGGGCAACCUGAACCCAGAGGAGCUGCCUGACGUGCUCACCUACAGACUGCAUCCUACCGUGGGGUGGGCGCGCGCGUUUCAGCAGUCAGAGCCCAUCUCUCUCAAGUAUCACGACGGGAGCCCUUUGGAAGUUCACGUCGAGAUUGACACAGGAAUGUCUCGCUUUGGAGUUCAGCCCCAAGACUUGGCCGAGCUCAUGACAACUCUUGACCAGCGAGGAAUCAAAGUUCGGUCACUUUACACACACUUCCAAUCUGCUAUCACUGAGCGCGACCUCAACAAGCGACAAUAUGACAGCUUCAUAGAAGCCACCAAGGCUUUCCCCGGAAUACGACGUCACGCUGCGGCCACGACGGGCUGCGUGCAGGGUCUGGGGGGCGAGUUAGACUUCAUCAGACCAGGCGGGGCCGUCACUGGGCUGUGUUCAGGCUCCUCUGAAGCGGAUGUCAAGGCAUUUGCCGAGUUGGGUUUCCAGCCAAGCUUCUCGUUAGUGGCGCGCCCUUCGUUCUACAAGCUGCUGGAGCCCUGCAGGGGCGUGGGCUACGACAGCACUUACACCUCGAGCUCGCACGAGUGGAUCGCUAACUUCAACACAGGAUGGUCCGAUGGACUCGCCAGGAAGCUCAGCAACUGCGGUCACGUCUUGAGAAUUAAAACAGGAGAGCUAUGCCCCAUCGUGGGUCGGGUUUCUAUGGACUCAAUGACGGUGCGUGUGCCAGAGGAGCCUGGCGCUGAGGAGACGUUCGUGAUCAUCACGCCGGACUUCCACCCGCUCACCUCUGCUGUAGGGGUCGCGCGCUCCCUCGGGGCCGCCGUCUACGAGGUGCCUGGCAACUGGGGGAGCAGGCUGCCUAGAGUUACGGUCGAGGGCGGUAAAGUUAAACAAGUUUACCGCAGUCUCGAGUAUACCAACUAAAAAAGUUUACCGCAGUUCCAAGUGCACUAACUGAAUAAUUUUCCCCUUACUCACUAUUGAAGCAACUAAUAAAAAGUUUAUCACAGCCGCGAGGGCACCAGCCAGUCUCGAGUAAGCAAGCCAAUUAACGAGAUGUGUCGUGCUGUACGUUUCCGUGUACCGUAUUAUGAUACUGUACAAGUUAAUGAAAAUAUUUUGGUCGCGGGUUCGGCAGAAAAAGCGCGCCAAGUACAAUGAAUUGAUUUUUCGACUAACGCGAGAUGUAUUUUCAUACACUGAAUUUUAGAAAACUAAAUUAUUUUUCUUCGAUAUGAGGAUGAAUCUUUUAUAUCGUAGCAAGUAGAAGUUUGUCUGGAACAAGCUAAAAUACUAUGUACAUAGAUUUUUAAAACGUAGAAAAUAUUGAACGGGACCUGAAUAUAUUAUAUAUUACUCAGUAGCCCUACAGCAGCAGCGCUCGUGUAGCGCUGCUUACGAUAAGGGAAGGCUUCUUCAGCCGUCAAAAUGUGCUCACUUUUUUACCCUAACUCAUAAGAUUCCACUUCAUGACAAUUUUUUUAAAUUAAUUUUCAAUUGAUGUACGAGUGACGGGUCCACAAAUUAAUGCUGACAAUUUUUCUUGCGUUGUCCUUUUUGUUGCUUCUUGCUACAUCGUCGUCGUAUACUGUUGCCACGUUUUAUUUCUCGUCUUGUUGAAGUUCCGCUGGAAUUGUUAUACUGCACGCGUCAUCUUUCUUGAAACGUCAAUUUUAUGCUUCAGUUUUAAGCGAAUAUCGACAGGCUUUGGAAAGAACGCCAUAAAAGCUGCACGCUUGUGAACUCUUCCUGCAGCGAAACAACUUUCGAUACUUCAUUCAAAGUUUUAUAUUUUUUGAUGGCUAUCAAUUUUAUUUGUCCAACUCGGGGAACUUUCUGCGGCUCUUCAAGCACAGAAAGCCUUGAUUAACGCAGGUAUUAUAACGUACAAUCACUUACACUAGAAGUUACGAAAAAUAGCUCUCUGAUUUUGGUCAGUAUGGCUAUAUUAUAAUAUAUUUGUUACCUAGACCUAUUACCUUGUGGAGUUUGUUAAGAAAUAAAUAUUUUAUCGUAGAAUACAAAAUGCUUGGUGAAAAUAUUGAUUAAAACCCAUGAAUGAUAGCUGUAUUGAUUUAGAAUUAUGUAGAAUACAAAUACAACACUUAAUACUUAGGAACAAUCUAUGUAGCCAUCCGUCAUUUCAAUCUACAGCCUUGAUAUUUGCACAUUGGGUGCGCAUGUACUGACAAUUCUAUAAGCUAUUAAGUGGCAACUCAAAUGCGCGUCGCAAACAAGAAAAAAAAAUUAGGAAAUAUUUGAACGCACAAGUUUCGUUUUUUGAUGCUGAUGUACGCAUGGUACUGCCCGUAGAGCUUAGGGUGGAAAUAUAAUUCAUUCAUUGAGAAAUGAUGGGGCUUGUAGGUAGAAGCGCUCGUUCCUUAUUUUAAAAACAAGAACUUAGAAUUAGAAAAAAAGACUGCCGCCUUAAAAAUAAAUCUUACCCUUAAACGAAGUU